AUGGCUUCUAAUACAAGCGAUAUCCAAAUUGAUGUUGACGAAUCUCAACAAGAGAUGAAUGUCACUACAAAUCCAAAUAUUUUACCCACCAGUACUACUGUUUCAAGUGAAUCUAGUAAACAUAGUCGCAGUGGGAGCGGAACGAAUAAAAAACCACCUCCAAUUCCUCGAAAGUCGGAAAAAGUUCUUAAAUGGCAACCUCCACCAGUAAAAGAUCCAGAAACAAGAAAGCCAUUAUUAAAGAAUUCAGGUCCUACUAAAGAGGAAGUAAAGGAUGGUGCAUUACAAGAAUCGAAUGGUGCAGAAGCCAAAAAAAAAUUACAAGAAUCAAGCCAUACUGAGGAGGAAGUAAAGGAUAGAGUAUUACAAGAAUUAGAUGGUCCAGAGACCAAAAAAUCAUUAUUAAAAGAUUCAAGUCAUAUUGAAGAAGUAAAGGAUAAUGCGUUACAAGAAUUAGAUGGUUCAGAUACCAAAAAAGCAAUAUUACAAGACUCAAGCAGUAUUAAGGAGGAAGCAAAGGAUAGUUUAUCGCAAGAAUCAGAUGAUCCAGGAACCCAAACAACAAUAUUACAAGGUUCAAGCCCUAUUAAAGAGGAUAAUGUAUUACACGAACCAGGUGGUUCAGAGACCAAAAAAACAUUACAAGAUUCAAACCCCAAUACGGAGGAAGUAAUUGAUAAUGUAUUGCAAGAAUCGGAUGAUCCAGAUACCAAAACAACAUUAUUACAAGAUUCAAGCUCUAUUAAGGAUAAUGUAUUACAAGAAUCUGAUGGUCCAGAGACCAAAAAUACAUUACAAGAUUCAAACCAGAAUGCAGAAGCAUCCGAAGGAAAUUUAAUCUCAAAUCAAUCGGAAAUAAAAGAUGCAUAUUCAAGUUAUACUGAAUUAGCGAAUAACCCGGAGAUUGAUUCACAAAGGCGAAAACAGGAAGAUUCUUAUCAAAUUAAUAAUGAAAAGGCCAUUAGUUUUGAAGAAAUUAAUAAACAAUUGGCAAAGGCUGGCAUUCUCGAUAACGAUACAGGUAAUGAGACUCAACAGCCAGCGACCAAUGAAACCGUUAGUUAUAACGAGACUCAACAGCCGGCAGCUAAUGAAACCGUUAGUUAUAAUGAGACUCAACAACCAGGGCCUAAUGAAGUCUUUUGUCUUUAUGAAGUUCAAAAACAUUUAAAAGAGAAAGGUAUAGUUGAUGAUUCACAAAGCACGUCUGCCCCUUCAUCUGGCAUGCAUGCCAAGCAUAUCAUUGAAGCAGGAAAUAAUAUACCGCACCCGAUUAAUAAUCCUGCGACAAUGCCGGCCGGAGUAGACACAUAUACUUAUCAAUCUAUUGAGACAAAUAAAAAUAUUUCACCUUACGCGAGUAAUCCUAUAGCA